UUUAAAAAGAGAAGCAAACACAGCCCGUGGCGGGAGUCUCAGCUGACAGCUGCCAGUAUUAUUGUUUUCAGCUUUGUUGCCUUCUGUGGUGCCUCCCUGGCACUCUUUUCAUAUCAAUCAGACAAUGAAGAUGACCAAGUUAAAACAAAUAUUCUCAGACUGCCAACGCACAGUAGCAUCUCACCCUAAACUUGUGAAAACCUUGAUCCAGACAUAUUUAAAGAGUGAUUUCAACAAGUUUGUUUCGGAAUUUAUAAGUCUCCUGCAGCAAUCACUUAUUUAUGGAGACAAACAACCUGCAGUUGAAAGAACUCUAAACUUUGUGGCAAAGUUUGCAACUACUAGAAAGGAGGAAAAGGAGACCAGUGAUGAACAAGAGGAUAAAGAACAGGAACAAGAUGAAGAGGAAGAAGAAGCAGACCCAUUCCUUGUGAAUUUGAUUCAGUAUCUCCUAAAGAACCAUGAAGCUAAUAGCCAGGCAGUGCGUUAUCGUGUUUGUCAGCUGAUAAACAAGAUACUUAAUUAUAUGGGUGAAGAAGCUGUCAUUGAUGAUGAAUUAUAUAACAAUAUCUAUGAUACCAUGCUACACCGUCUACAAGACAAAGUGCCCUUAGUAAGAGUACAAGCUGUAUUAGCUCUGGGGCGUCUACAAGACCCGCGGAACAAAGAGUGCCCGGUUAUAAAAGCUUACCGGUAUCAUAUGUGUAUGGACCCUAACCCUGAUGUUCGUCGUGCUGUGUUAACAAACAUAGCAAUCACUUUUCAAACUCUGCCAGAUAUUUUGGAACGUACUCGUGAUGUUAGAGAUCUUGUGCGCCGUCAGGCAUACUCGGUACUCUCUCAGAAAGUUCACCUGAGAUCCUUAACAAUUGCACAACGAGUGAGGCUCAUCUCUGAGGGCCUGAAGGACCGCAGUGACAUGGUACGGUCCUGUGUAGAAAAAAAUCUGAUACAGGCAUGGUUGCGUAUGGUGGAUGGUAAUGUGCUGGACCUCCUAACGUGUCUUGAUGUUGAGGCCUCUGUUACUGAAGCAGAAUUGACCCUUAAGACCAUUUUUCAGGAUGUUCCAUAUGUUGAUCUAAUUGACAAUUUUGGACUUGCUAAAGAAGAACGUAUUGUAAGUCCAAGUGAUCUUCGUCCUGAGUCUGCACUGUAUUGGCGAUGCCUAGCUCAGUAUCUAAGGGAUGAGGGAGCAGAAGAGGCAUUAGAGACGGUACUUCCUGAGCUCACACAUUUCUGCUCAUAUGUAAAAGACUAUGUGAUGACAGAAGUGAUGGAUACUGGCGAUGAACAGGAGAUAGCUGUUCACUGCAUGGAGAGAGAAUUUGCUACCAAUCAGCUUGUUGAAAUGACUAUGCUCUAUGAUCUUGCUGAUGAGGUUGGACGCCGUUCUUUGGAUCAGCUGGUACGAACACUUCUGGUAUCUGACAAAGUAGGAGAGUCCUUAGUGAAGGGAUUAGUGAAAGUCUUUGGAAAGCUUCAUCCACCCACUACUAGAAUCAACCAGCUAGCUGAAAUUAUAUCCGAGGUGCGAGAACCUGUGUGCAAGUCAGUUGAGCGACCACUGACUGAUGAGGAAAAACGGAAAAGGAAGCUACAGGCUGCCCGUGUGAAGGUGAAGAUCAAUCAACUGCGGGAGGAAGUAGAAGAAUGUGUGCGGAGCUUGGACUUGUUAAGAGCUCAGAUGUUGAAAGAUGAACUUCAAGUACUUGAAGCAGAUGCUUCUCUGGUUGAUAUGGAUACCACAACUUCUGAAGAAAUUCAAGAAGAACGCAAGGAUCCUGCCACCCUUAGUAAAUGCUUGAUGAUUGUUUGUCACAUGAUUGAAAAUCCUGAUGUAACUGUGAUGACACCUACUCUUCACUCUCUCCAUGAAAAUCUUAUUCUGCUUUGCUUACGGUCAGAGGAUCCAGCUGUGAGAAACCAGGGUGUGAAGGCACUUGGCCUUCUUUGUCUUUUGUCAAAAGAUCUUGCACAUCAACAUGUAAUUUUAUUCAUGCAGAUUUCUCAAAUUGAUGUAGAAGUGAUUCAGCUGACUGCUUUAAAGUGUGUCAUUGACAUACUCCAUCUGUAUGGACUAGAAGAGUUCACUGAUGCAGCAGAAGAUAUAGUGGAUGCUGCAGUAGGGAAGUCACCAAGACCAAAAGAUAAGGAGGAGGAAGAAUAUGAAGGAGAAGGAGGUGCAAUCAUAUCUGCUCUGUGUAAGAUGAUGGACAAUGACAGUGUUGAUGUGCGAACCCUUGCAGCAGAGGGGGUCUGCAAACUGUUACUAUCUUGUCGUAUUACCUCUUCUAAAUUGCUGUCGCAUCUCAUCCUUAUGUGGUACAAUCCAGCUACAGAGGACGACGAUCUGUUGCGGCACAUGCUUGGGGUCUUCUUUCCCUUAUAUGCCUCAUAUGGAGGGAGUAACCAGGAGAGUUUGUGUGAAGCUGUGCUACCUACUCUUCAGACACUUUUCAAAGCCCCUGCACGCUCACCACUGAGAGAUGUUGAUAUUGAUGACAUGGCAAACUUCUUGGUGUCCAUUACCAGCCCAUCUAUUGUUAUGGAAAAUACAACUGAUAAUGUUAACACUCAUGAUACUUUAGUUUUCACAUUAUGCACUGAAAUUAUGGCUUUUCCGGAAAGUGCGUGGACAAAAGUACUUGUUCGCUGUCUAAAUCAACUCCAUCUUACACCAGGCAACUUCAGCACAUUAAGACAAGUUGGUGUGUUAGCUGGUAAAAUGUUAAAGCUUGUGAAAGACAGAGUAAGCUUGAAUGCCAUUGAACGUUUCAAUGCCUCUAUUCAAAGUCUCCUAAAAAAUGCCCCCGAGCUGGAAUCAGAGGCUAAGAAUGAAGUCAAAAUAGAUGCAACAGUUCUGGGUCUUGAAGAUUCGUGCUGUUCCCCAGGUGCAAACACGCCAAAUAAGACAUUUGAGACUACAGUGGUUAGAAAGAAGAGGAUGUUGUACAACAAUCAAACAAUAUCUGAUCCUGAAGUCUUUUCAAGUGAGGAGUCUGAUGUUGAGGGCAGCCCUAUGAAACGCCUGGCUCUCAGCUCCUCAAAUACGUCAUUGGGUCAGGAAUCGGUGAAUCUGAACUCUCCACCAGCCGUUCCUGUUCAGGAAAAUAAUGACCCAGAGGCUGGAGUAGCUCCUUUAGAUACAACUCCAAACAUAGCACCGGUUACUGUGGUCAUUCCUCCCUCCGACACAGAGUUUGAAUUGACACCAAAAGUUGGCCAAGAUGAUAAUGUUGGAAGUUCAGAUUUAUUCAGUUCAGCUAACAGCUCUCCUCAACUGUUCAUCAGCACACAACACCAAGAGGCCAAUAUACCCAACACAUCAAAACCGUCCAAGUCUGCAAUGGAAUAUGAUAGUGAGAAUAGUACCUCAUCUUCCAGCAGGAGGCGGCGGAGUAAGCUAGAAACAUCUACCGGAGACACAAGUGAAGAAGAGACAGUCCUCCCUCCUAAAGUUUCUCGAACAUCUCGCAUAACAAGGGGUCAUUCAAAGGGACGUUUCCAAAUGUCAGUGCCAUCACCAGAAAAAUCCAGCGAUAAUACUUUGGAUACUUCAAGUGACUCCAUCUCACAGUCAAGCUACUUGACGCCGCCAUCUCAAGAAAUAAGUAGUGCAUCAUUCACUACCCCUGUUGAAAAUAUUUCAGUUUCUGACUUAAAGUUGGCACCGAAAGAGCAUAUAAAUGCCGAAAAGACUGUUACACCAGAUGACUCCUCCAUGAUGUGUGAAAGACCCCCACGUCAGAAGGCAAUUUCAAGAUCAAAAUCACAAGCAAAUGCUAGAGAGACUGCACAGCUGUCCAAGGCUUCACAGAAUACCUACUCAACCAGAACAAGGUCUCAAGCUUCAACUCCAAGUGAUGAUACAACACCUGUUCGCAGGUCUACAAGAAUUGAAUCUAGUUCAGUGAGCACUGAUUCUGAGAAGACACCAACUAAUCGUCGACUUGGUCGCACUCUAAGUAGCAGAAAAGCUAGUGAUCGAGCAAGCAGUUCUAAAAGCUCUGAUCCAGGCAAGACUUCACCUGCCCGCCGAGGUGGCCGUUUGUCAAACACAAAUCGACUGGCAAGCAGAUCCAGAAACAGUGAUCCAGACAAGACUUCACCUGCCCGCCAAAAUAGCCGCUCUUCUGCCAGCACAGAUACAAAUAAUCGGGCAAGCAGAUCUAGAAACAGUGACUCUGGAGAGACUGUAUCAACUCGUACACGUGCCUGCUCUUCAAAUAGUAAAACUAGCCGUCGAAGAGGAAGCAAAACUGGGAAAUAAUUAUAUGUUUUAGUCUAAUAAAACAUUUAUUAUAUAGGAGUUCCAUGUUUUGAACUACAGAAUUUAAUUCACAUUAGUUUAUGCAUGCUUUCACUUUUAUAAAAUUUAAGUACAAUUUUUUAAUAGAAUAAUACAAUUUUAGUUUAUAAAUUCUUUGCUAAUUCUUUCCUUUUUCUCUUCCCUGAAACAAUACCCCGCCUGCAAUACUCGAGAAUCUUUAAAUGGCUGUUAAAUUGGUUAUGUAUACACAAUAUCUGUUUAGUGGAUAAACUUAUCUAAAUUAGAAUGUUGCUGAUUCAACUCAAUCUGUAUUAUAGUGAUGUGGUGUAAUUUUAUACAUCUAGAAUCGUGUCUGGUUCCGCAAGUUUUGUCCACCAUUUGUUAUUUAUACAGUACUGUAUGUUAUCAUUCAUCAUGUAAAACAAUUUUGCUUAAUUUAGACUACAGUAAAGUUUCCUUUAUUCCACCCCCCUAUCCCGAGUUUAAAAUUUUUGCUGGAAUAAUUGUUAAAGCAAAUGGAAUUUAUUUGAGCUUAGUAAUGCAUAAGUUAAUUUGCUGAAUUUGUAGUUAUUGCUCUCAGUUUGUCAGAUUAGAUAAAAGGAAGCAUGUCUUAUACAAUUCUUACAGGUAUUGCUAAUAUAAAAGUUUGACACUUCUCACAUUAUUAUUUGAUAUCUUUUAAUGCAGUUAUUUGAAUGAUACAUCAAAGGAUAAAAUUAAUUAUGUGCUUAUUUUAUAUAUAUUUAAAGUGUAUUCUUUAUAUUAUCAGCAAGAAGCUUUUAUUUAAAAAUAUUAUUUAGUGUACAUUAUUAAGAGGUUUAAAUACACGGCAGGAGACAAAUUUUUGUUUUGAGGCUAAAAGCUGGAACCAUCCCUUGAUUUAGUAUUAUGUUACUCUAUAAGAAAAGGCAUAAUGCAGCAAAGCUAUUUCAUAUUUUUGUUUGUACCAUUUCAAAUGCCAAAUAUAAUUUUGUGCUACAAUAAA